GGAUGAAAAUGGAGGAGCAAGAACUUGCCUCAGCGGAAGGAAAAGGAAAAGCCCUUCACGUCCUCCAGGCUAGGGGCGUCGGGGAAUUCCUGCAGAGGAGACCCCGGGGAGCCGUGAAGCAGGAACCGGCCGAGGACUCCCUCCAUCACUGGGAAGCCCAGUGGCGGGAGUUCCUGAGGACGGUGGAGACCCCCAAAGAAGUGUGCUGGGCAUCCCCUCUGCCACCAGAAGAGCCCAGCCCCUGGGAUGACGCCAAAGCCUUCCUGGCCUCCUUCGAGCAAGUGGCCGAAGCCUGCCGCUGGCCCAUGGAAGACUGGAUGGCCCACCUCCUGCCAGCCAUCAGCGGAGAGGCUGAGCGGGCCUUUAUCGGCUUGGAGGCCAGAGACAGGGAGGAUUAUGGGAAAGUGAAGGUGGCCAUCUUGCGAGGGGAUGCCAUGAAGCGGGAGAAGAACCGGCAGCGCUUCCGGCGCUUCUGCUACCAGGAGGCCGAGGAGCCGAGAGGGGCUUACCGGCGGCUCCAGGAACUCUGCCGCCGGUGGUUGAGAUUCGAAAGGCACUCCAAGGAGCAGAUCCUGGAGCUGCUGAUCCUGGAGCAGUUCCUGGCUAUUCUGCCGCCAGAGAUCCAGGGCUGGGUGAGGGAUUGUGGCCCAGAGACCUGCUGCCAAGCUGUCACCCUGGCGGAGGAUUUCCUGCUGAGGCAGCGAGAGGCAGAGAGGCAGGGAAACCAGGUGGUCUUUGAGAGGGCAGCUCUGAGUUCCUCUGAGGCAGGCCAGGCCCCAUCUGAGGCCCAGCAGAAGCAGCUGUGCAGGGAGGCCAAGCAAGAAUAUGACAACGACAUCGACGAGGAAGAGGCCGGCCUGCUGGGUAAGGAGGGACAAGCCUUGCUUGCGCCCAAGUUCUUCAGUGCUCUGUAGUUGCUCCCUUGGCUGACCUCUGCAUUGCAGGGGUUUGG